CUGCGCCAUGAGGCUCAGGCACCAGGAUCAACGCGGCGAGGUCGUUGUACGUCUCGUGAGAGAAGAGAACACACUAACCAGUGUUUAACUUUCACUAAAGCAGCUUCAUAUCAGCGUCACAUCACUAUUCACACUCCGCGUCCAGAAGCCGCCGUGAACCAUGAUGAACGGACAGAUGAACGGUUUCCACAACUCCCUCAUUGACGAGGACUGCUUCUUGUUCACCUCAGAGUCGGUCGGGGAAGGACACCCCGACAAGAUCUGUGAUCAGAUCAGCGAUGCGGUUCUAGACGCCCACCUCAAGCAGGAUCCUGAUGCCAAAGUUGCAUGUGAGACUGUUGCCAAGACUGGGAUGAUCCUGUUGGCUGGUGAGGUGACAUCCCGUGCCACCGUAGACUAUCAGAAAGUUGUUCGUGACACCAUCCGCCAAAUUGGAUAUGAUGACUCAUCCAAAGGCUUUGACUUUAAGACCUGCAAUGUUCUUGUGGCUUUGGAGCAGCAGUCUCCUGACAUUGCUCAGGGUGUCUAUGUUGACCGCAAUGAGGAGGACAUUGGAGCUGGGGACCAGGGCUUGAUGUUUGGAUAUGCCACUGAUGAGACUGAGGAGUGUAUGCCUCUCACAAUUGUCCUUGCCCACAAGCUGAACGCUAAGAUGGCUGAACUGCGCCGUGAUGGCACUCUUCCCUGGCUCCGGCCAGACUCAAAGACACAGGUUACUGUGCAGUACCGCCAGGACCGUGGGGCCAUGCUCCCAGUGCGUGUGCAUACGAUUGUUGUCUCUGUGCAGCACGAUGAGGACAUUUGCCUUGAGGAGAUGAGAGAUGCCCUGAAGGAGAAAGUCAUCAAAGCUGUUGUGCCCUGCAUCUAUUUGGAUGACGACACCAUCUAUCACCUGCAGCCUAGUGGACGAUUUGUCAUAGGAGGCCCGCAGGGUGAUGCUGGCCUUACUGGACGCAAAAUCAUUGUUGACACUUAUGGAGGCUGGGGAGCCCAUGGGGGUGGGGCUUUCUCUGGGAAGGAUUACACCAAGGUUGACCGCUCUGCUGCUUAUGCUGCACGCUGGGUGGCCAAGUCUCUGGUGAAGGCUGAGCUCUGCAAAAGAGUUUUGGUCCAGGUGUCCUAUGCAAUUGGAGUUGCCCAUCCCCUCUCCAUUUCCAUCUUCCACUAUGGGACAUCCAACAAGAGUGAGAGGGAGCUGCUUGACAUUGUGAAGAAGAACUUUGAUCUCCGACCUGGAGUCAUCGUCAGGGAGCUGGAUCUGAAGAAGCCCUUGUAUCAGAAGACCGCAGCGUAUGGCCACUUUGGCCGAGACUCCUUCCCAUGGGAGGUGCCCAAAAAACUAAAAUGCUAAAACUGUUAAGCUUUUCCCCCCCAGGCUUGUUGGCGUAUACUACAGAGAAGCCUCCAAGGUUCCAGGGGGAGAAAUGCCCUUAUCUCUCAUAAUUAUGGUAUCAUUUAACACAUGACUCCUUCCUCUCACUCCACUUCCCUUCCUUGUCUUGUUUCUGUUUUCUGCUGGUUGCAGUUCUUGCUGGGUCCUAUGAGGCAUGCCUCAGAAUCUGUUAAACUAUUGGAUGGGUUCCAUGAACCCAUACACUGUAGUACUGUAGAUGUUCUCCCACGUCUUGAGGUUCCCCCCGCUUCUUCUUGUGAUAGGCCCUGAAUAGCUGUGUUCAUUUGCUCUUUUGGCAUUCAACACUCGUCAAUAGUGUCAGCCUUUUAAUCAGUGUCACAGCGGGAGCAUAUUUGGCAAUAUGCAACACCCCAUGUAAUAUACUGGUGCUACGAAAUGACUGCAUCAUAACAUUUUCGUCCAUUUAGAGGCAGAAUUUGAAAGUUGGUGGUCCUGUUAUUUGGCCUCUUCCCAAACAAAUUUAGCUUCUUUCUAAACAUUCCUCCUUUGUCAGUCUAAUACAGUAAUUCCCUGACCCAGUAUUCUUUUUUCCUUUUUUUGUUGGCUUUAUUCCCUCGUCUUUGUGGAGGAUGUUAGAAUGGCACAAUUAAAAUUUAAGGGUUGUUGCUUUUUGUCACUAAAAAUGCUAUGCAUUGCAGGCUAAGGGGUGCGCCAAAUUGUAAUUAUUCAAGCUCAUAAAUGAGCCUUAAACCUCAGAUGCCCCUACAGACCUUGGCUGUUUUCUGACGUAAUACAGAAAAGUCAGAAGCUGCUAUGUCACUGCUCUGGUCUGCAGAGGUAUUGAUUAUACUUGAUGAUGUUAAAAUUGGAUUGUUUAUGCAUUGAAAUUCAAUUUUAAGUGAGCCCUUUUUAAAAUGUAGUUUGACAAGCUUUUUUUUAUGGUUUGACUGAAAGCCCAUUGUACCCCUCUAUGCAUAUAGAUGGCAGGUGUAGCUACAGAGAAACCUGGUUCCCAUCUCUAUCCUUAAAGGGGUGUGUUUUAUUGAUCGUAUUGGCUAGGAAUCAAACCUCAUCACUAUUUAUUUGUUCUCUGAAGCUCGGCGUGGAUACAGAGAAGCCGAUAUUUCAGAAGGCAGCUUUAAACAAAUAGAAUCUUGAAUUCCUCCUAACUUGAUCAUUUUUCAGUGUUUUGCUUGAGGCCCCAGAGUGUACUACAGAAAAGCUUUGGCCCACCUCAAGAGAAAAGGUGUCAUUGGCUACAAUUAAUGAAGAUUUUAAAACCAAUUUUAUUUUUUAGACUACAGUUGUUUUUAGGUGGGUUACUUUAAAAUCCCCUGAAUGUGUGGCACAAUUCUCUUGCUCUGGCCUAUCCUCAUGAAAUGGAUGGCAACAGUUGGUUGGUGUAGUACAGAGAAACCAGCCGUGUUUACAUGGCCAUCCUCAUGUUGGAUAGAGUGAGUGUUUUUGUUCCCUUUGACCACUCGAGAGCAUCCUGUUGGCGACAGUAAGUUAAGAGUGCCUUUUUCUAUUUCCUCUACUCCUUAUUUGCUUUUUUCUCCUCCCACCAACAUGCGUUCAACUUCCAGAGGAACAAGUAGCUCAUACUGUUAUGCUUCAUGUCUAAAUGGGUAGUUUCUUUAUGCUCUGUAAUAAACUACUACUCCUUAAAAGUG